UACAGGGCUUAGCCAGGUCUUUCUGCUUACUUAGUGGAGGGGAUCGUUGGGGUAAAAUUAGAAUAGUUUUCUAGAACGCCUCCCGGUAUGCCUCCGGCAGCUGCUCCAGAAGUUGUUUUCAUCCCGGAUUAAUUGAAUUCAUUAUUUCAGCUGUAGUGUGAAUAGAACCAGGAGGACUGCCUGGCAGGUUGAGGGCUUCCCUUCGAUAUGUUGACGUGAUAUGAUGGGGAAACUGCAAAGCAAAAUCAGCUUCAGCUCCUCCUCCAGACACAGAUACGAAGAAACCAAGUGCUAUCCCACCAAGGCGGUUCUGCAGUACAGCCCAGCGCAUCACGACGCUGUUGCUUCUGUGGCUUCCCUCACUCCUGACCUGUGCGUGUCAGGCGGAAAAGACAAGGCUGUUGUUGUGUACAACUGGCGUGAUGGAACCAUGGUUAGGAGGUUUUUGGGUCAUGAACGUGAAGUUACCAAGGUCAGCUGCCUCCCUGACUCUGGCUGGCUUUUCAGUGCCUCUCGAGACAAGACAGUGCUGAUGUGGAGGCUUGGUGCUGAUUCCAGGGCAGCCCGGUGCUUUUCGGGACAUGAUCUGGUGGUAACCGGCUUGGCUGUCAGCCCAGUGUUUCAGCAGCUCUGCACAGGCUCUCGUGACAACACCGUGUGCACCUGGGACAUAGAGACAGGGGACUGCUUACACAGAGCGUCCAUUUCCAGGAAUCUGGUCACACACCUGUGCUGGGUUCCUGGAGAGUCAUACGUCAUCCAGACCUCAGAGGAUAAAACAGUUAGAAUCUGGGACACCCGGGACUUGCGGGUGGCUCACGCCUUCCCUCCCAAGCAGCACAUCCAGAUGUCCUGCGACGUGAGCCUGGAUGGCCGCUACUGUGUCAGCAGCAGCAACGGCUUUGGUGGCGACGGCUGUGAGGCCACGCUCUGGGACUUGCGGCAGGUGAGGUGUCAAGUGCACGAGUUCAGGGGUCAUUCCCAAAGCACGGCAUCCUGCAUCUUCCUCCCUCUGGGCCUCGCCGUCUUCCCAGCAGUAGCCACAUCCUCCCACGACUGCACCGUGAGAGUGUGGAGCCGGGACACUGGAGCCUGCAUGGCCACCACCUGCCUGGACGGAGCAGGGCCUCUAACUUCACUGGCUGCCUGUGAAAACUCCACCCUCCUCUGUGCCAGCUCCAACUCUGGGAUUCAUUUACUGAGAUUCAGUUCAGUAAAAGGGCUGCAACUUCAGGAAGUGGCUACGUUCUGAGCCACAGAGAGCAGCCUCUGGAGACCGUGGUGGGCCAGGAAGGGGACGAACAACUUCAAAACAUUCAGUGCAGCACUAGAAUGCCCUGUAGUCCCAUUGAGCAAGGUGGGCAGAGUAGGAGACAUCAGGAAGGCUCAGGGCCAAGUUGGCAGGCAUUCAACAGGUGCAACUUUUUCUGGUGAAUGAGGAAAAGCUGAAAUGGAGCUGAAUAUUGAGCCACUGUUCAAGAAGAUGCUGCUAGGAAAGUGGCAACUCUGCUUAGUACCAGAUUCAAUAGCAGCGCCUUGCAAUUGUGUACCAUUUAACGCUGAAAAAGGCUGAAAAGGCACGGAAACUGACAGAAUCAUGCCCAGACAGAAAGAAGCCUCAAACACCUUAAAACUGCACGAAAAGGGCCACAUGCCUGCAAUCCUGGCAAGAGACAGCAUUUGAAGCCUCUCCGCAGGCAUGGGGAAAAAAAACUGUUCUGAGGAGAUGAGGCUCACAGAAUAAAUGAAUUUAAUUGCAGGAGGGAGAUUGAGGGCUUGGUAUUGUUGAUGAAAUUACUUCUGUUUGUGAACAUGAGCUGUGGCUACUGUCAGAAAAGGACUGCUAUCAAAGAUAACUGAAUGAGGGAAUGAAAACAAAUGAGUGGUGUGAGAAACCCCUGCCCCUGCGUGGGCACAAAAAAGAAAUAAAGAAAAAGGGGUCAAUGUGUGAACCAAGGAUUAAAGGAGAAUUGGGGAAGAUGGAAUUUUCUAGAAAUUCCAUCUUAAGGGGGAAGGUGUAAGGGAAGGGAAGGGGUUAACUGGGAUCUGGGACUGAAGUUGUUUUAAUUGCGUUUUAUGGUUUCAUAGGAGAUGAGGAUGCCAGGCCAGCUGUCUGGGGGAGACGAGACCGGAGCCAGACCGGCCAUAUCUGUCACUGGCCUUGAGUGAUUAAUCAUCCCGGUCGAAAGGUGUGAAGACAUUGCAAGAAUCAAAGCCGGAGGGAGGUGGGGGGGAAGGAGUGAAAAGAAGGUAUAAAAAAGCCCCCUGUGGAAGUAACAGGACGGUUGUCGGCUGGGAGCAG